AUGGGUGGGAAAAUUGACAGAACUAUUAACAACGGAACAUCGCCGCCUAUAUUCCGUAUAAAUGGUCAAAAUUUUCAUCGGAUUGGAAGCUUAUUACCUUCAGAUGGCAUUCAACCGAAGUUUGCCCAAUUAUACAUUCACGAUACAGAGAAUGAGAUAGAAAAUCGAUUAAACUCUCUGAGGGCCGAAAACAAUGGUUCUGCAUUGCAUAGUGAGGUAGUAAAUGACAUUAAACAAGUGCUUGAUGAACACAAUGUGUUGGUUAAGUCAUUCCGAAUGGCCAAGUCGUUUCUGGAGUCUAAUCCUCAAACGCAAAUUAGAAUGAGAUUAAUAGGGAAGAGGACUAAAGAUGCCAGGACUUAUGCGUUACCGACUACUUCCGAGGUUGCUGCACUGAUUGUUGGGGAUAUAGACCCGUACAUGGGUCAACGGGAUAUUGUUGUCGAGUGUAGGUCUGGAGCGCUUAAACGAAUAAAUGAAUUAAACCCGGCAUAUUUACCAUUGCAAUACCCAAUCUUAUUUCCAUAUGGGGAGGAUGGUUUUCGAGAAGAUAUACAUUUUGCAACACUUGGUACAAAACAAGAUUUUGCCAGAAAGAGUGUUUCACAAAGAGAGUACUUCGCGUUCCGUAUCCACGAAAGAUCAAAUGAGGUCUCAACAAUAAUGUAUGCUAAAAGGUUAUUCCAACAAUUCUUGGUUGAUGCAUAUACUAUGGUCGAGUCUUCGAGGUUGCUCUAUAUUAGGUCAAAUCAAAAAGCUUUGAGGUGUGAGGCGUACAAAGGGCUGUCUGAUGCGCUUACGCGCGGUGAAGUUCAACCCAGCUCGACAGGGAAAAGAAUAAUAUUACCAUCAAGUUUCACCGGAGGAGCAAGAUACAUGAUACAGAACUAUCAAGACGCCAUGGCAAUUUGCAGAUUCAUAGGUUAUCCAAAUCUUUUUAUUACAUUUACAUGUAAUCCUAAAUGGCCCGAGAUACAACGAUUCGUGGAGAAAAGAAACUUGAAAGCGGAAGAUCGUCCCGACAUUGUCUGCCGUGUUUUCAAACUUAAGCUAGACUGUUUAAUCAAAGAAAUAAAAAAUGGGAAACUAUUUGGUCGUGUAAAGGCAGUAAUAUACACGAUUGAAUUUCAAAAGCGUGGUCUGCCGCAUGCGCAUAUAUUAUUGUUCCUUCAAGCGACCACCGACUUUGCCGAUCCGGCUUUUAUGGACACGAUCAUUUCAGCCGAGAUUCCCGACAAGCAUUCAGACAUUGAGUAUUACCAAGCUGUCGAAGAAUUCAUGUUGCACGGCCCAUGCGGUGUUGCAAGAAUUAAAUCCCCGUGCAUGGCAAAUGGGAAGUGUUCAAAGCAUUUUCCAAAAAGAUACAUUGAUGCAUCACAUUUUGACCAAGAUGGUUACCCGUUGUACCGAAGAAGGGAUGAUAAGAAGACAAUAAAAAAGAAUGGAAUAGAGUUGGAUAAUAGAUAUGUUGUACCACAUAAUAGGUACUUGCUUUUGAAAUACAAAGCUCACAUUAAUGUAGAGUGGUGUAACCAAUCUCGGUCAAUCAAGUAUCUCUUCAAGUACGUCAACAAGGGCAAUGACCGUGUAACUGCUGAGUUCUAUAAGACUUCGAUGGACGAAGCGGGUAAUGAGAUUGUGGAUGAGAUAAACAUGUACUAUGAUUGCAGAUAUGUAUCUGCAUGCGAAGCAGCUUGGCGAUUGUUUAGUUUUGAAAUACAGUAUAGGACACCCCCUGUUGAGCGAUUAAGCUUCCACUUACCUGAUUGUCAAUCAGUUGUUUUCCAAGACGAUGAUAGCAUUGAUAAUGUACUAAAUAGAGAAACAGUUGGUCAAAGUAUGUUUAAUGGUUGGUUUUUAGCGAAUCAGACUUUCAAAGAAGCGUGUUUGUUGACUUACAUUGAGAUGCCUACCAAAUUUGUGUGGAAAAAAGACAUCCGUGAAUGGCAUCCAAGAAAGUCAAAUAGAUCCUCAAUUGGUAGAAUAUUCUAUGUACCUCCAGCUUCAGGCGAAAUUUAUUAUUUGAGAUGUCUAUUGAACAUAGUACGUGGUCCAAAAAGUUUCAAAGAUAUCAGGACAGUUAACGGUGUUGAGUACUCGACGUUUAGAGAUGCGUGUUAUGCGCAUGGACUGCUAGAUGACGAUAAGGAGUAUGUUGAUGCUAUAAAUGAGGCAAGCUAUUGGUCAACUGCACACUCAUUGAGGAAGCUAUUUGUUGUUUUACUAACAUCAUCCUCAAUUAUUAGACCCGAAAAUGUUUGGAAUCAAGUUUGGGAACAUCUUUGUGAAGAUGCUCAGCACCAGCAAAGAAGAUUAUUAAAACAACAAGAUUUGGUUUUAACAGUAGAGGAGAAAAAGAACUUUGGAUUAUUGGAAUUGGAACACCUUUUGGGUCAACAGAACAAAUCCUUAAAUGAUUUUCCUCCGAUGCCCACACCAAGUACCGAUAAUACAAGGUUGUUUCAUAAUCGACUGGUGUUUGAAGAACUGAAUUACAAUUCAGAACAAUUGAAGGCAGAUUCUGAAAUGAUGUUUUCCAAACUAACAGAAGAACAAAGGCUCAUUUUCAAUACUGUUACGCAAGAUAUUGAAAGCAAUAAAGGUGGAUUAUUUUUUGUAUAUGGAUAUGGUGGUACCGGAAAGACUUUUUUAUGGAGAGCAUUGCCUGCUUCAAUUCGUUCCAAAGGACAGAUCGUUUUAAAUGUCGCAUCAAGUGGCAUAGCUUCUUUGUUGUUACCAGGUGGCCGAACAGCUCACUCUAGAUUUGCAAUACCUAUUUCAAUAAAUGAGGACUCUACGUGUAACAUUAAACAGGGUGGCGACUUGGCUGAAUUGUUGAUAAAAACGAGUUUGAUAAUUUGGGACGAAGCUCCAAUGAUGCACAAACAUUGCUUUGAAGCGUUAGAUCGAACCAUGCGAGAUUUACUGCGUUUUGCUGACAGUAACAGUGAGAUGAAGACGUUUGGUGGUAAAACCGUGGUACUGGGUGGAGAUUUCCGGCAAAUUCUCCCAGUUGUUCCAAAAGGUUCACGUCAAGACAUUGUUUCAUCCGCUAUAAAUGCAUCGUAUUUAUGGGAUAGUUGCAAAGUUUUUAGAUUGACGAAAAACCUACGGCUAAGUUCGGCUAGCAGUUCUGGUAAUAGGCAGUCAUUGACAGAGUUCGCUAACUGGAUUGCCAAUAUCGAAGAUGGGAAGAUUGGAGGCAGGAAUGACGGGAUGGCAGAAGUCCAAAUACCUAACCACAUGUUAGUAUCCCCCGGGACCGACGACAUUAAAGCAAUUGUUGAAAGUACAUUUCCAAUGUUUGCAUUUGGAAAUGCUGACCCAGAGUAUUUGAUAGGUCGUGCUAUACUUGCACCAACGCUGGACGUUGUCCAUGCAGUUAAUGAAUAUAUGACUGAGCUGCAUGAUGCCGAAAGUAGGUUCUACUAUAGUUCAGACGCAGUAUGCAAAGCCGACGGUGAUAAUGGGAUACUUGGAGAUGUACACACCCCGGAAUUCCUAAACAGCAUCCGUGUGUCGGGUCUACCAAACCAUACACUGAAUUUGAAAAUUGGAUCACCAGUAAUGCUAAUGAGGAAUAUUGAUCAUUCUCUUGGGUUGUGCAAUGGAACUCGGUUGAUAAUCACAAAGUUAGCAGACCAUGUUAUUGAAGGCGAGCUUCUAACUGGGCCCAACAAAGGGUUAAUACUAAAGAAACCGGUUUUUGUACAUGGUCAGUUGUACGUAGCUGCAUCUCGUGUUAAUAAUCCAGACGGUUUGAAAAUACUUAUUGGAAAAGAUUCAAGUGCAACUACUACAUCAACCACUAAUGUUGUAUAUCAUGAAGUUUUCAAUAAUUUGUAA